CAAUGCCAUUCCUUCCUCACUGUAUACCUUUCCUUUCUCUUUCUUUUCACUUAUUUCAUAAACCCUCUUAGUUUCUCAAUGGAAGGAAAACCAAAUGAGAUUAUCAAGAACAGCACUCAAGAUGAUAAGUUGAAGGAGGUUCGUGUAGAAGAAACGGGGCGUGAGAAGCUCAAGAGACUCCGGGAAGAGGUGAUGAUGAUGGAGAAGGUUAACAUACCAGAAGAUUGGGGCCAAGAGCAAAAGCUCAACGAUUGGGUCGACUAUACUAUGUUUAAUGCAUUCCUUGCUCCUCAUAGCUUGAUUGUGUCUGCUCGUGAUGCCCUUAUUGCUAAUGCAUGCAAACCAAAGUCACCAAGAUUAAGGACCUCAACUAGUUUCUGAUCUUUCCUUUUCACUGCCUACUGCUAUACUUGUUCUUAAUAUUCCCAUCUUAUGACUAUAGAAUUAUAUGUUUUUCAUAUUCACAUA